AUGCCGCGAGUUUUCACGAAACCCCAGCAGCAGCAGCAGCAGCAGCAGCUCGGCUUCCCGCCAUAUUCCCAACCUCGCUUGGGCGAUAUAUUCAAGACGUUGGGAGCCCCUGGUGCCACUCCGCUGUUGUCCAAGGAGCAGUUCGCAUCGCAACUGGCUCCUACACUGAAAAAAAAGGGCUUCUUGAGGGUCUCGGUUAUUGGCAAACUUCGCGGUUUUCUGGUGCUGCGCGAACACCAAUCACGAGGAGGCUUUUUUGUCGAAGUUGACGCGAAGUUGAAGAACGAUACUGAGACUUUCAUCCGUUUGCUCAUCGAAGAUCCAGAGAGUGUCGCGGACGCCAGUCGCCCGAGCCCGAGGUUCUUUUUUCGCAUCCGCGUGGGAGGAAAGGAAAGGAAAAUAAGUAAAAUUUCCGAGAUGAAGACUUGCUUAGCUGUCGGAAGCCUUUGGCUGUUGGUUGCCGCGGCGUCGGCGCAAUUGUUCAGCGACAACUCGAACCAACCCGGCCUGAACAUCCCAUCUGUCCAGGAAGGAAACGACGCCGUCGUCAGCACCAUGAACCAAAUUUUCGGGGCCCUGCGACUUCCGAUCAACGUCCGCAAUCCCUUCCGUCGUGCCAACGCCAACGAAAGAGGGAAAUCCUUUUCGGAAAGUGGGUCGAAAAGUUGCUCUCGUCGUGAUUGCCCGGAAAUCGCUCAUGUGCCGAAUCGCAACGUCACGAGGCGUGUUCGCGCUCCCAUUUUCGCGGCGCAAACUUCAUAA